CGUCAAUGCUGUGUCGUCUGCCUCCCAGAAUUGUCUACGUAGUCAGAAAUACGUGUGGAUUGCACGGAACUAUUGAAGCAAACCGUAAUGGACUUACGUUUUACAUUCGCUUUUCUCAUCUCCUGGAAAAUUGUACGAGAUGCCAAUGCAUUCAAAGCGCCCUCUAAUUUACAGGCAAUUGUACUAUCGUCACACGAGAUCUUAGUCACGUGGGAUGAACACAAGCGCCAACGAGACAAAAAUGAUACGUUUUACACUUUGCGGUAUCGACCCAGGAGUGGCGGACAGAUUCCAUACCAGUACGCACGCGCUGUAAAGCCGGAAUACCUACUUACCGACGUCGAACCUAAUACUACAUACGCCUUCUCUGUUAAGUUUUCUAAAGGCAAGAAGCGGAGUCGUUGGUCAUUUACAGUUAAAAAUACUACCUCACCUUUUGAUGUUCCAGGUCUGGGACAUGACAUUGUGUCCCCCAGAAGCUGGGGGGAAUGGAAUUCAUGGUCAGAAUGUUCUGUCACGUGUGGGAUGGGGACAAUACAGAGGACACGUACCAGACUCUACGAGAAUGGAACAAUUUUUAACACCACCUCCCUGUUUGAUGUAUGUUCUUCAGAGUGUCCAGCUUCACUAGAGGAAAACCUAGUGUCUAAACCAAGGACGUUAGAGGUCAGAUCUCUGACGUCAUCAAUAGCAAAGGUAAAAUGGCGGCGCCCCAAAAUGAAGAAGUCGGACAUAAGUGUGUACCGUGUGUCCUGGACGAAUGGACGCCCAAACCAGGAACGGACAGUUAACAUAAGUAAGCGAUUUUAUAUCCUUGAGGGUCUCCGUCCUAAUUCUACCUACACUGUCCGUGUACAGACAAUCAAAUCGGACGGCAAGAUGUCUGACUAUUCUGUCGUCAACUUUACAACUGAAUCAGAGCACGUGAACCAAGCACCGAAAAACCUGACAGCAAAAGCUAUAGGAACGACGAAGAUCCUGGUGAAAUGGCAGCCACCAGUGGAGAGUCUAGGUCAUGUGACUGGAUACAAACUUCAAUACAGACGUAAAGGGCUACGACGGGCGGACAUGUGUUCUGUGUUCACUGAUGCUGACAAGCUCCGAUAUGUGAUAACAGACCUUUACAAAGACGAGGCUUAUAAGGUGAGAGUCGGGGCCAGAAUCAAUGAAAAGACCAGUCCCUACACACCCUGGAUUGUCGUUGACCUCAACAAUUAUAAACGUAACAAGAAAGGGUCUGCAGACACCCUGACAAACACGUCGCUUCCAACACAAGGGGAAGAUGUUGGACCUAUUCCUGAAGAUUUUAUACCUCUUGUAGACUUCACAUCUGUUAUGCCCAGAAUAACACCACUAGAUAGUGCGGUCAACAUCUCAUGGCCAGCUCAGAACAAUGCCAGCGUCUCUUACGAUUUUAUCAUCACACGAGGUGAGGAAUACGAGAAAAUCUUGGAAGUGUCCGGCGGGACUCACGGCUAUAAUGUUAUCAGAGAUCUGGAGCCAAAUACAGAAUACAAUGUCACAUUUCAGAUUACUAUUAUGGCAGGAACUAGGGUUGUGCUGCAGCAGUUUCAACAGUUUACAACUCUCGUAUCACUCACUGUGCAGCUAGAGGGUCUAUCUGUUGAAGGCGAUGAAAAUAUAGACCUGCGUCUGGAAUGUGAGGCUAUUGGCAUCAAUUUACCCACAAUUCAAUGGAAGAAAGGAAGUCGUAUUAUAUAUUGGAACUCAAGUGACACCACCAGCAGUGAUCCAAUCAAAAGAGAUCAAUAUAUCCUCACAUUCGAGAAAUUCCCACCCAAUCGAAUUGUGUCUGUAUUAACUAUAGUUAAUGCUAGUUCAUCAGACAUGGGUCGCUACCGAUGUGCUGCUGCGGACGGCGUGGACAGAUCAUCAGAAUCUCAUCAGUUCAUAGACCUGGUAGACCCUAUCAAGAAAAUAGGGGUGUCUUCUAUCACAGCUUUCAGUGCUGUAGUCAGUAUAGUUCCAAUCAGACGUUUCCGGCGCAAGUCUGUUAACUACAUCUUGUACAAUGACUUUGAUCGUCCUCGAUAUCACUCCGAUGAAGGGAAGACAUACUAUGACAUUGACGACUUGGAGCCAGAGACAUCAUACACCGUAUAUGUCCAAGCAGAAGGAUUUCCAGGAGCUAAAAAUCAUUCAGAGACUUUUACAACUUCAGCAGUUUUACUGUUGGACAUUGAAAAUGUUGCUGUUCAGGCUGUGAACUCUUCAACUUUGGUUAUUACCUGGAAGUGCCCCUCCCAGUAUCGUAGUCACGUCACCUAUAGGAUAGUAUACACUGUAAAGGGCAAUAACUCUUCUAAUGGUCAGGUGAUGGACAUCACUGAUCACGAAGAGACUGCUACCAUCACAGGUCUCCUUGCCAACCAGCGGUACAACAUUUGUGUAGAGAUGAGGAGGAAAGAAAACACAGUCAGCAAGGUGUUUGUAGAGGGCUCCACCUACCCAGAUGCAUACCUUAAUGCCAAUAUACCUCCCACACCACCUGCUGAUGUCUACAUCAACAUUCAGAACAAUACACUGAUUGUGUCCUGGUUAGAACCACAUUCAGAAUACCAUACACUAGUAGAAUGGUACGAGAUAGAGGUGUUCCAAGAGGGAGAGGUUCUUGAGCGACGACGGGUCACUGCUGACAUUAAAAACAUCACGAUCGUCCCAGCAUAUAGAUCUACUGAAUACUUGGCCAUUGUCCGUGCUUCCAAUAGAGCAGGAAUCAGUGACGAGGUGUCGCGAGUGUACAAGCCUCUUGAUUUCCAGGAGCUAUCAGAUUAUUCUGUGACGUCACUUACUGCAAGUGCAAUUAGUUCAACUCAAAUUCUUGUGGAGUGGUCUCCCCCUACUUCUGGCGAACUCACCAGAUAUUUGGUGCGUCACCGUCCCAACGUUAAGGUUGGUCUGAGCCCUGCUGAUAUCAUAGACCACUGGGUACCUCGUGCAGAUCAUCGUUACGUCAUCAGGGACCUCACUCCUAGUAAAGAAUAUGCUAUAUCUGUCAUUCCUUAUCUCAAUGAUGUUAAUGGCAACACAUCCACGGUCUACGUCAAAACGCUAGGUGAUAUACCUGGUGCUCCACCCUCAAAUGUGUCAGCCACUCUUUUUAACAUCACAUCUAUUGAGGUCACAUGGCAGUCCCCUCCCGCGGCCUCUUGGAAUGGUGUCUUGACAGGCUACAUGGUGAUAUACAGAGAGGUCGGACUAAAGGUCGCAAAAAAGAAUGUCACAAGCAUCAGAGAUAGGUCAUACAUCAUCAAAGAUCUUCGGCCAGGGGUCUUGUAUGAGGUGGCUGUAGCAUCCAUUAAUGUGAAUGGAACGGGACGAGCCUCGGACUGGAUGGAGAUUAUGACGGAAAUAGACCCCAUGAGUCUAACGGUUCCCUCUCCUCCUGUCAAUGUAUCUGUGAUGUCACAUCGUAUGGGUCUACACCUGACCUGGUUACCGCCUGCUGGCAGCGGAGUUCCAGUGACAGGGUACGUCGUAGGAUAUGGGCGCUUUAUACCGGAAGUUUAUCGAGAUAUCUUGGAUCAUGCACAGACAGAACACACUAUCACUGGAUUACGACAAAAUAGUCAGUAUAUUGUCAGUGUGAGAGCUUUUAACACGAUCGGAGAAAGUCGCCCAGUUUUCAAAAUGGGCAGAGCAGGUUUAGGCAGUCAGUCAUCUUUCAUUAAUCCUACAACUACACCUGGUCCUGAAGCUGUAACAGAAAUAGCUGACACACCAGGUGCCCCGGUUAAUUUGAAAGUGAAAGAAAUAAACGAGGAGAUAGUGACACUUCGGGUCACAUGGGACCAGCCAAGUGUACUGACAGGACAACUAACAGGAUAUCUAGUUUACUACACCACAGACCCAACAUUUUCUGCGGAGAAUGAAGCAUUUGUUUACGAGAGAAAUGAGGCCACCAUUCUGAAAAACCUGGAAUUCAACACGACCUAUUAUUUCCGAGUUGAGAGUCAGUACCAGGAUACCACAGGACUUUCUUCUGGAGUUGUAGCUUAUAAAACCAAACCACCAGACAACAGCCUACAUAUCUUACCUACACCAACCAUCACCAGUUUGUCAUCAGGGACCGAUUACCUCCAGGUCAAAUGGCUUCCACCACCUCCCCAAUACUCUCAUGUGAUCCGAGGGUACAUUCUUGGUUAUGGCAUAGAUCAGGCAAAUGAGAAACAGGAUAUCGUACCAGUUAGCAUUAACUCAUACACACUGGAAAACCUAAGUCCAUCAACAAUGUACCAUAUUUCACUGCGGAUGUUUAAUGAACUUGGAGACAGUGCGCAGACUUUUGUUAAUGGGUCAACACUUGGUUAGACAAAUGAACAGGACAAAAUCACGGAAAUUAAAGACGAUUCAAUAUUGUGACGCAAACUUUGAAGAGGCCAAUGUAGUGUCUAAAUUUGUCGAUAAUUUAUACUGUGUUCGAAAAAUAGGGUUGUCUUUGUAUCAAGAUGUUUGAACAGAUCAGCACAGUGUUCUUGAACUAUUAAGUUGUGUUUAAAACUGUAAACAGAUUGACAUGGUGUUUGAAAUGAUGUAAUGUUACAAAUGGGUAAAUACUCCGAGGGCACGAACAAAUCUUUUACACAGUGUUCUAUCGACACUAAAACAAAAUGUGAACAGCAAGACGAUUGUGACUGUAUGGUAAAAAAACUCAGUUGACGACUCAACAUCGAGUAAAGUAUUGUCAUCAUGUGGAUUGCUGGUUACUCAUUGUCAUAUAUAAUUAUCUGCAACACUGAAUUGCUGAGUAAAAUUUGUCAUAUUGAACAACUUAUCACAGGAUGAAACGGUACUAUAUCAUUAGCUGUUUGACCCUGGACAGCUCAACGUCAAUCCGUCAUUAACUCAGAUCUGGGAAAAUCAACGCUGGAGGAAAAACUCAUUUGUCAGCAACUCAGCACUGAUAGUGGGCAACGCUAGAGUCCGAUACCUUACAUUUGUGACUUUUUACAAUAGGCCCUAAUUAUACAACCAAUUGAUGAUUAAUUAAAGACUGAAUAAAGUCAUAUAUAGUGGACAUAGGGAUUCUUUCUUCUGGUGAAACUGGAAUCGAUUUUUUUUAAACGUUUGAGUCGGACAUAACCAGUUUGUAAAAUAGUUUGUGUAUAGAGGUAUUAACCUGUGCCAUAAAUGAUUGUAGUAGUUGUUGUUUGUAUAUGUAUCAGACUGAGAUAGGUACGACAUUUAGUACUAAUUAUUAACAUGUAAAUAACAAAACUACAUUGUGCCAUAAGACAUAGUUGUUAUAGACAGUGGCAUCAGGUGUAAACUGGCCGUGUCUCAAAAUAUUGAGAUUUUUUCAUCUUGGCAGAGCUAGAAAAAAAUAUUUUCAGCUACUCGUCUGUCGGGCAAGUGAAACUUGAAAUUCACUUGCCUGAAUCCAAUAUUCACUCACCCGAAGAAAAAAGGCAACAAAACAUAAUUUAAGGAACACAAAUUUUAUUAUCAUUUUCUAUAUCAAAUGUUUGAACUCAACACUUGCUUUUAUUGUUUUACUCAUAUUUAAUUCACUGUUAAUGCGAGCGAGAACAUCGACUUUUUGACAGUAACUACGUACACAAAACAACCUUGUUUACAACAUUUGUGGUCACGUAAUGUGUUUUCGUGUAGUCUGGAUCAGCCCGAGUCUUGACACGUGGUGUAAAGAAGGAUACUACAUUGAUGUAUUUGAUCGACUAUCAGUGGAUAUAAAUUAGUUUUAAGAGUGUUUAAGUUGAUGAGCAUCAUUCAUUAUGGAAUAUUCAAUAGUCAGAUCUACAAAUUUCACUCGCCGCCGGACAAGUAGCUGAAACAAAUCACUCUUCCGCAAGUAGCUUUGACUGGUCUAGACGAGCGCACGAGUGGAUUUUUCUAACCCUGAUCUUGAAUAAGUCUAAGUUUCAAACAAAUGGGAGAUGAACUAUAAGACAAAUGACAUUGUAUCAUACUGUAAAAUGAUAUUUUCAUGGGAUUUUAAUUUCAUGGUUUUCUAAAAAAUCCUGGUACUUUGAUUUCUUGAGUAAAUCUUGCUCAGGAAAUCCACUAGUUCUGUAAUUCAUGCCAGCUUUUAACUGUUUAGCAUUUCAUGGAAAUACAAAUUUGUGGAUUUAGAGUAUAUACAAAUUUGAUGAAAAUUAAAUACCCACAAAAACUGGUGAUUUUACAGUAAGUGUAUGGAUGACAGAUUUCUGAUUGUGAAUCAAAUUGUUGAUAUUUUGAUGGAUUAUUAAUGGGAAUUGUUUGUUAAGUGAUGAUAGAAUAUAAGGUUAUCUAUAACUAAUCUCUCAUGGUGACUCCACCAAAUCCUGGGUCAAAGGUUUAUACUUUAUGGGAAAUUAAAACAAAUACAAGAUUUCAAUAUAUCAAACUUUGUCAUGUUUGAUUGAAUUUAUGUCUGAUACAGGAGUUAGGUAAAAUGUGUAAGCUUGGCUGGACAUUUGGAAAUCUCAGUUAAAUUUUAAAGAAAUAUAUCAAAAAUGAAUUUUAAAAAUUUAAUCUACAAAUUUAUUGUUUUUGUGUAUUUGUCAGCACUAAAUGUUG